AUGACCUGUGCCGGGUACUUGGUGCUAGACAACACGUACCCUGCUUUCGUCGAGGUCGUCACGGGCGUCCUCGUGUGCUCCCUCGUCGAGUGUCGCAUCGAGACGCCGGAGCCGUCGCUGCCACCGCUCGAGCCGCGGUUGAUGACCCGAAUGGAAGUGCCAAGCGCUUAUGCCCUCAAGUUUGUGGACGGGAAGUACAAGCAAGUGGACGGUCACGCCGAGGACGAGCGAAAGGGGUUCGACGAGCCAUUGAAACGGCAGCGGCUGCUGCAGCUCAGUGGCUAUUUGGUGGAAGUGCUCGAGCAGGACGAGGACUUGAGGGAGCCGUCCCUCGCUUGCUCGUUCCAAGUGAACACUUACAAGGUGCACAUUGAGCCAGACGGUGGCUCGAGCAGCUUCUUACACGACUCGCUCAUUCUCACUGCUACUGAUGAAGAGACCAAGAACCUCUGGGUGAAACACAUUAAGCUGUGGAAUCGCUAUGGCUGGAGAGAGACGGUGCCAGUUGGGGCUACACAGACCGAGUUGGCGAGACUCGAGGAAAUGCUUCAGAGGGUUUCGAGCCGUUCGACUUUGUCGAGUUGUGACGCACGCUACAGCAGUGAUGAGUGCUUUUAUCGAGACUGCAACAGUGCCGUGAUGAUCUACGGGGGCUGUAGAAGCUUUGAUACCGAUCGAUCGUCUUGUGCCACGAGACGUCCAACGAAACGACGAUUUUACCGCACGGCUGUCCCAGGCUCGUUCGCUCCGCCCGUGUGA